GACAGGCACAUUUGGUCUCUCGACUCAACCGCAGCCACAACAAUCAUGCUGAAGCUUGCCAUCUUCCUCGGCCUCGUCGCCACCUGCCUCGGCGGAUACGUCGGCGGCCUCGGCUACGGCUACGGCCACGGCCUCGGCCACUACGGCCUAGGCUACGGUGUCGGCCACUACGGUCUCGGCUACGGCCUCGGCCACUACGGCCUCGGCUACGGUGCCGGAUACCACGGUCUCGGAUACCACGGUCUCGGCCACUACGGUCUCGGUUACGGCUACACCGGCCUCGGCCACGUCUUCGGUGGUGCCUACGCCGCCGCUCCGGCCGCCGUCGUCCACCACGCUCCUGCUGUGGCCGUCGCCCGUCCGGUCGCUGUUGCCGCCCCCGUGGCCGUCGCUCGUCCUGUGUUCCACGCGGCUCCCGUCGUUCACGCCGCGCCCGUGGCCGUCGCCGCUCCGGUCGCUGUAGCCCGCCCCGUCGUUCACGCCGCCCCCGUGGCAGUGGCCGCUCCGGUCGCUGUAGCCCGUACGGUCGUUCACGCCGCUCCCGCUGUUGCCGUCCACCACGCUCCCGCGGUCGUCGCUGCCCCGGCCGUCGCCACCGUCGCCGCUGCUCCCGCUGUCGCCGUUGGAGGCUUCGGCCUCGGCUACGGCUACGGUGGCCUCGGCUACGGACACGGCCUCAGCUACGGUCUCGGAUACCACGGCCACGGCUACGGUCUCGGCUACGGCUAUGGCCUUGGCGGAUACCACUACGGCCUCGGAGGACACGCCUACGCCCUCUACAAGAAGAAGUAAACUACUGGAAUGAACCAAAACCGCGGUAUUCUACCACCGGGCUCCCGGAUGUUCCCAAGACUUCGGUAGUUCCAUCAGCACCGGCCUCCGCGGUCUCGCCAGAAUAUCUCCCAAGUCUUGAGGCAUCGCAAGCCGUCCGGGAGAGCGGCCAUGUCGCGAACCCCUAUCAAAUGUAUAAAUGUUUUCACUUCAACGUA